GCAAACACCUCAACUAGAGUCUCAGGGAUGAACCCCACCUCUGAGGGCAGAGGGGAACGGCUGGGAGUUGCAGAAAGCCUGUGGCCAUCAGAGCCUAUCAUCUUGGGGCCAGAGGUAUCUGCCCGGCAGCUGGUCUUGAAGAAGAUCCAGGAGUUGUCCACCUCGGGCCACCAACAUGCCUUCAUGGUGGCUGACUUGGAUGUGCUGGCCAGCCGCCAUCGGACCUUCCUCCAGGCCCUGCCUCGAGUUCAGCCCUUCUAUGCUGUCAAGUGCAACAGCAGUCCCAGGGUGUUGCUCGUCUUGGCUGCCCUGGGCACCGGCUUUGACUGUGCCAGCCAGGGGGAGCUGGAGCAGGUGCUGGGUUUGGGCGUGGACCCCUCACGAAUCAUCUUCGCCAACCCCUGCAAGGCUGUCUCCCACAUCCAGUACGCAGCCCGCUGUGGAGUGCAGCUUCUGACCUUCGACAAUGAGGAAGAGCUGAUUAAACUGGCCCGGCACUACCCUGGGGCUAGGUUGGUCCUCCGAAUACAGAUCCAGGACAGUCAAAGCACCUUCCCUCUGCACACCAAGUUUGGAGCCCAUCUGGAGGCAUGUGGACACCUGCUCCAGGUUGCCAGAGAGCUGGGGUUGGCUGUGGUCGGGGCCUCCUUCCAUGUGGGUUCCGACUGCCAUACACCCCAGAGCUACAGGCAGGCCAUCGCUGACUGCCAUUGUGUGUUUGAGAUGGGCUGCAAGGCUGGCCACCAAAUGAGCAUCCUGGAUCUUGGAGGGGGCUUCCCAGGAAUUGAGGGCUCCGAAGCCAAAUUUGAGGAGAUGGCGAGAGUGAUCAAUGCUGCCCUGGCCCAGUUCUUCCCAGAGGGGACCGGUGUCAAGGUCAUUGCGGAGCCUGGCCGCUUCUAUGCAGCAUCUGUAUGCACAGCUGCUGUGAACAUCAUAGCCAAGAAGUCCUCCCUGGAGCCAGGAGGCCACAGGAAGCUGGCAUACUAUCUUAAUGAGGGCUAUUAUGGUGUCUUCCGAGUUUUCCUCAGGGACCCUGUCCCCAGGACACCCAUCGUGGUAAAGGAGUUCCCCUCAGAGCCCUGCCUCUUCCCCUGCACUCUUUACGGCCCCACCUGCGAUGCCUUUGACCGGCUCUUUUCGACAGAGGUUCAGUUACCAGAGCUGGAUGUGGAUGACUGGCUGAUUUUCCCUGACAUGGGUGCCUACAGUAGCACCAUGAGUUCCACCUUCAAUGGCUUCCCGAUCACAGCGGUCUAUGAUGCCAUGAGCCCCCAACUCAGGAGCCUACUGGAGACAGUACCUUAGGCCAGGACACGGCCAGAAUGGAGAGGAGUCAGACACCCAUCUCUUCCAAGGUCUUCAAGACCUGCCCAGUUGUGUUACAACCCAGCUCUACCUUCUGAGGGAAUCUUUC